AUGGGCGGAAUUGAUGUCUCCUCCGUGGUGAGCUCCAUUAUCUCGGCCUUUGGCAGUGGACUGGACAUUUUCCAUCGCCUAGGAGGAAAGAAAAGGAAACCCCGCGCCAGACUUCCUCGUCCAUCCGAAGAAGAAGAAUGGCUACGACAUUCGUUGAGGAACCGGCCUGUUGAGAUCAAGCAUGAAUACGACCAGCAAGUGGCAAAAUUCGGCCCUCGAUUUGAAGUUGGCGACGCCGUUGCUCAGUCAAGCUUGGCCCAUACGCUUCUUGUCCUCAACACUGGGUUGAUCAACUUGAUCAAUCAUGCCCUUUCCGGAGAUCCUAGGACGAUAUCAUCAUCCAAGAGGACCUUGUUCAGCCUCUCGGAAACCGCUGCUGUUGACACUAUGACCGCCAUCGGACAGCUCGGCUCGCGUCUCAGCCUCGUGUCACCGUCUAGGCUAGCCCUUGAGUCGAGGGAGAGCCGGAAACCUGUCGAAAAGAAUCCUCACAAAGAACACAAAUCUAGUUCUAGAUCGUCGACCAAAAAGACUACAAGGCCGCCUCCAGCGCCAUUACUAGUUCGUGGCGGCUGGGUGAGAUCCAGGAGCGGGUCCUCAGUUGUCUCUGGAGCCGCUGCAAAGAAAGCAAGGGGAGAGCAGACGGAGAAGCAUCAACGAUCCAAGUCAGAUCUUACAUUGUCGAAGUCGUCAGUAUCCCGGUCCAGUGUUCCCAAGGCUAAGCAGGAAGAAUCUGCAAGCGAAGUAUCCGGUUGCACCUGUAAAACAACAGCCCUUCGAGCAGAAGGAUCAAAGCCAGCCAACAGACGCAAGUCAAGCGAACACCCACGGCCACAGAGUCAACGUAGCAUGCUCAUCCUGCCUGGCGACUUUUUUGAGGAUAUGCGAGCCGUUCCUGAGCAAGGUGUAGUCCAGCAACCACCCCCUCCACCGCCAAAGAUCCCGCUACACAGCAGGCCCCACACGACACAAUCACGGGCGCGUCCGACAUCGACCAUGACAUUCAUGACAGCCAGCACGAAGAUUGGCGAGAUACCCGAUCCCAAGUGGAUGGAGAGGACGUUGCCCGACGAAGGCGACGGGCCGCGGAGAAUGCCGUACAUCAUCCCACCGCCGCUUGAACCGAACGAGCAGAAGAGGAAGAAAGGUCUCAAGUUCUGGAGGAGAGAGGAUAAGAGACGCGACGUUACCGCCUAUUGA